UCCAAUUAGAAGCCUCCGUUUCUGUUUUCAUUCUCUUCACCUGUUUCAAACUGAUAACAUGAUUCGAGAAGCCCCCAUCUUCUCAGUAAGGUCUUCCAAUUCAGAUUCAAUAGAACGAGCUUUCCAGAUUCUAGACCAAAUUCCUGGUAGAGCAACAAGUGCAUACAGCCACAGUCAGGGCAUCAAAGGAUUACGUGAUACAAUUGCAUUUGGUAUCAAAGCUCAUGAUGGAUUCCCUGCUGAUCCAAAUGAUAUUUUCUUGACUGAUGGUGCAAGCCCUGCAGUUCCUUAUUAUCUUGAUGAGGAAACAGGAUGGGGAUUUGAGGUCUUAAAGCUUGAGAAUCAGCUGAAAACUGCAAAAUCCAAGGGUAUUAACAUUAGGGCUUUGUUUGUGAUCAAUCUAGGCAAUCCAACUAGGCAGGUUCUUGUUGAGGCCAACCAACGAGAAAUUGUGGAAUUAUGCAAGAAAGAAGGCCUUGUUCUUCUGGGAGAUGAAGUGUAUCAAGAAAAUGUUUAUGUGCCUGAGAAGCAGUUCCACUCAUUUAAGAAAGUUGUGUGCUCCAUCUGACUUGGAGAAAAGGACAUCUCUUUAGUUUCUUCCCAGUCUGUGUCAAAAGCUAGAUAUUACUUCCUCAAUCCAUCCCUCUUGUUGGUUGUCUUAUCUCUUUCGUUUGUCUACAUUAUCACUUGUCAAAUGAGAGUAAUUUAGCUUUUUCUUUUCUAUACCCAUUAUUAUGGAAGAAAAAAUCGCCUUGAGAUAAACAUUAGCUAUUUUCAGCUUACCUUGACAUCUCUUAUUUUUUAAAAAUCUUUUUUUUUAGAAGAAUAACAAAUAUAUUAGCUUGAUGAAUGAUAUGAUACUUCAAUAAACGAUAAAAAAGUUUAAAAGAGUAGUAUAACUCUUAAACAUGGAAGACUUCUUACAUAUGGUGCUUGUUUUCUAUAAGAGGGUUGCCUCUACUAUCUGUUGCUUUAGUUUCAACUGUAAUUGAUGAAUACAUCACUUUUUAAUGAUGCUGGAUCAACACGUACACCUAUGUAUAUUGAUUUGUGAAAAUGAUAGCAACAAAUUGAACAUCUAAAGAAUAGAGUUGUUUCAUGCUAUUUAAAAAUUUAUGUAACCUUUUUUUUUUUUUUUUAAGUUUGUCAAUUUCUCAGU